UUCUCACUCUAACUUAUUGCACCGGUUUAGCAGUACAGUUAAAAAGAACAGACCCAUUGAGCCUGUUCGUUUUGUCUGCACUGCUGAAUUGCAGUGAAUAUUGGAACGCAGCCAUAUGGUCUGCUUUUUUUCUUUUUUUUACGAACAUACUCAACGUGGACUCUACUGAUUGUAAAUUAUCAUGGGUCGAGUAAUUCGUGCACAGCGUAAAGGUGCGGGAUCUGUGUUCCGAUCCCAUACCAAGAGGAGAAAAGGAGCACCGAAAUUGCGUUCCUUGGACUUUUCCGAGAGACACGGAUAUAUCAAGGGUGUCGUUAAGGAUAUCAUUCAUGAUCCUGGUCGUGGGGCACCAUUAGCAGUGGUACAUUUUCGUGAUCCUUAUAAAUUUAAAACACGCAAAGAAUUGUUUAUUGCUCCAGAAGGCAUGUAUACAGGACAAUUCCUGUAUUGUGGAAAGAAAGCUAACCUUCAAAUUGGAAAUGUAAUGCCAGUUGGCACUAUGCCAGAAGGUACAAUUGUUUGUAAUUUGGAAGAAAAAACCGGCGAUAGAGGUCGUUUAGCUCGAGCUUCGGGCAAUUAUGCUACAGUAAUUGCUCAUAACCCAGAUACAAAGAAAACCAGAGUUAAGCUACCUUCUGGUGCAAAAAAAGUGAUCCCAUCCAAUAAUAGGGCAAUGGUUGGGAUUGUUGCUGGUGGUGGGAGAAUAGACAAACCUAUUCUCAAAGCUGGUCGAGCAUACCACAAGUAUAAGGCAAAGAGAAAUUGCUGGCCUAAGGUUCGUGGUGUUGCGAUGAAUCCAGUAGAGCAUCCACAUGGUGGCGGUAACCAUCAACACAUUGGUAAGGCAUCCACUGUUAAAAGAGGAACCAGUGCUGGUCGCAAGAUUGGUUUGAUUGCUGCUCGCCGUACUGGAAGAAUAAGAGGCGGUAAAACCGAUACGAAGAAAGACGAUUAAGCACUUAUAAUAAUAAUUUGUAAUGUGUUUCUUCUCUUGCACCGUAUCGACAUUAAAGCCGGACUGAUAAGAACAAAUUCCCCUGGAACAUCAAACAGUUUCCAAAUUAUAGAUAUUGUUCUUUUCUCCUAUUAUAAUUGCAAAAAUGCAUAAAUGUUGGCAGCUGAAGUGGA